AUGAGGGACCUGACCUGCUUCGGGGAAACGAGCGUCCAGAUCGCGGACGCGGCGUCGUCCUCCUCGUCCUCGGGCAACACGGGCGCCAUCAGCGGCCGGGGCAAGGGCAAGGGCGUCGGCGGCGGCGGUUCCUCCGCGGCGCGGAGCCGGAGCCGGGUCACGUGCCUCUACCACGCGCGGCUGGCCGGCCGGCCCUGCGCGGUCUCGGUCACGUGGACCCGGGGCGGCCGCGGCCUCGUGGGGCUGGGCCAGGCCGCCGCGCUCGGCGUCGUCGUCGCCGUCGACUGCGCGUCCGGGGACCGCCUGUGCCGGGCCGACGUCAGGCCGUGGCUCUUCUCCAAGCGCAGCAGGGGCUCCAAGACCCUCGACGUCGCCUCCACCGGCGCCGCCGCCGCAGGCGGCAGCGUCGCCAAGGUCGACGUGUUCUGGGACCUCUCCGGCGCCAGGUUCGGCGGCGCGGGGCCGGAGCCGCUGGAAGGGUUCUACGUGGCCGUCGUGUGCGGCCUCGAGAUGGUGCUCCUGCUCGGCGACAUGAGGAAGGAGGCUUACUGCAGGACGGGCGCCGCCGCUGGCCGGCCGGACCCGGACGUCGACGACGCGCGGCUCGUGGCGAGGAGGGAGCACGUCGUUGGCAGGAAGGUGUACUCCGCCAGGGCCCAGUUCUGCCACGACGGGCCGUGCCACGACGUCGUGAUAGAGUGCGACACCGACACCGGCGCCGCCGGGGCCGGGGUGGUCAGGGACCCGUGUCUCGAGAUUCGCGUCGAUAGGAGGCCGGUCAUGCGGGUCAAGAGGCUGCCGUGGAAGUUCAGAGGCAACCAGACCAUUCUGGUCGACGGGCUGCCCGUGCAGGUGUUCUGGGACGUCCAUGGCUGGCUCUUUGGAUCGGUGACGGCCGACGCGGUGUUCAUGUUCCGGACAUGCCAAGCGGCGCCUGAGACGUCCGCUCAUCUUUUCUCACUUUCAUGUGCGGCUAUGCGCUUAUGGCGAUCGGUGGAUCUGAAUAUGUCAACUCUUUGCAGGAGAGUCCAAGUAAGGGUAAGUCCAAUUGAUUGGGCCAGUUGCAAGACAUUGAGUGGAUACAGAUCCAGUAGCUUGGUCUUCUAG